AUGAUGAACGACAUAGUCAUGAGGGCGUCCGUGGGCGAUAGGUGCGCGCAGCUGGAUGCGUACCUGGAGGAGCUGGACAUGGUGUUGGACCUCAUGUCCGGGUUUAACCUCAUCGACCUGUUCCAGGCGUCGCGUCUCACCCGGGCGAUCGGUGGCCAGCCUCUCAGGGCGACGUGGGAGCUGCACCGGAGGAUCCACUCCAUCAUGGACGCGAUGAUCAAUAAUCACAGAACGGCUAUGGAGGGCGAGGAGGACAAUGAUGCCAGUCGUGAGCAGAGGGGGGACAUACUCACCACUCUGCUCCAGUUCCAGAGGGACGACGGGAUUGGCGUGGUCGCCCUCACCCAUGAAAACAUCAGCGGCGUCCUCUUUGAUCUUUUCGUUGCAGGGUCAGAGACUACAGCCACUCCAACAAUCUGGGCAAUGUCUGAGUUGAUGAGGAACCCACAUAUAAUGGCCGCCGCACAAUCUGAAGUUCGCCGAGUCCUCCACAGCAAGACCGAGGUGAAUGAGGCCGACAAUGAUGGCCGGCUCCACUACCUACAGAUGGUCAUCAAGGAGACCUUCAGGUUGCAUCCACCGGUGCCAUUGCUCAUGCUGAGGCUUUGCACUGAGCAAACAAUGGUCAUGGGCUAUGAUAUUCCACAGGGCACCACUGUGUUCGUGAAUGUGUCAGCAAUCGGUAGGGAUGAGAAGAGCUGGACUGACGCGAGCGAGUUCAUGCCCAAGAGGUUUGACAGUGUAAAGGUUGAUUAUGGUGGUAUGGACUUCAGGUUCCUCCCAGGUGGGGCUGGACGGAGAAUGUGCCCCGGUAUGAUGUUUGGAGUGUCAAACAUCAAAAUGGCUCUUGCGAGCCUUCUCUAUCACUUCGACUGGAAGCUUCCCGAUGGUGGGAACCCGGAGAAGCUUGAUAUGAGUGAAGUGUAUGGGAUCAUGGUUCGUCGUACGACCGAGCUUGUGUUGGAAGCUACUGUUUUUGUGCCUUAA